UUCGAAUGGGAGAGGCGGGACCGGAGAAAGGGAGUGGUAUGGACGCGGGGGUCUCAGGAAGGUUGAGGCGACGCGAGAUGGCGGCGACCACCUCAGGAGCUGGUCGCUGUCGCCUAAGCAAGGUGGGGGCUGGACGGCGCCCACCUCCAGCUCGAGUAAGGGUGGCUGUACGACUGCGGCCAUUUGUGGAUGGAGCAGCUGGAACAAGUGAACCCCCCUGUGUACGAGGCAUAGACAGCUGCUCUCUUGAGGUGGCCAACUGGAGGAACUACCAGGAGACUCUCAAAUACCAGUUUGAUGCCUUCUAUGGGGAGAGAAGCUCUCAACAGGACAUUUAUGCAGGUUCUGUGCAGCCCAUCUUAAGGCACUUGUUGGAAGGGCAAAAUGCCAGUGUGCUUGCCUAUGGGCCUACAGGGGCAGGAAAGACACACACAAUGCUAGGUAGCCCAGAGCAACCUGGAGUGAUUCCCCGAGCUCUCAUGGACCUCUUACAGCUCACAAGGGAGGAAGGUGCUGAGGGCCGGCCAUGGAACCUCUCUGUCACUAUGUCUUACUUGGAGAUUUAUCAGGAAAAGGUAUUAGACCUCUUGGACCCUGCAUCAGGAGACCUGGUGAUCCGAGAAGACUGUCGGGGAAAUAUCCUGAUUCCAGGCCUUACACAGAAGCCCAUCACUAGCUUCUCUGAUUUUGAGCGGCACUUCCUGCCAGCCAGUGGAAAUCGGACUGUAGGAGCCACCCGGCUCAACCAGCGCUCCUCACGUAGUCAUGCAGUCCUUCUGGUCAAGGUGGAUCAACAGGAGCGUUUGGCUCCAUUUCGCCAACGGGAAGGAAAACUGUACCUGAUUGACUUGGCUGGUUCAGAGGAUAACCGGCGCACAGGCAACCAGGGACUUCGGCUCAAAGAGAGUGGAGCCAUCAAUACUUCACUCUUUGUACUGGGCAAAGUGGUAGAUGCACUGAACCAGGGCCUCCCUCGUGUGCCCUACCGGGACAGCAAACUCACACGUCUAUUGCAGGACUCUCUGGGUGGCUCAGCCCACAGUAUCCUCAUUGCCAACAUUGCCCCUGAGAGACGUUUCUAUCUGGACACAGUCUCUGCACUCAACUUUGCUGCUAGGUCGAAAGAAGUGAUCAACCGGCCUUUCACUAAUGAGAGUCUCCAGCCUCCUGCCUUGGCACCUGUUAAGCUGUCUCAGAAAGAACUAGGCCCAUCAGAGGCAAAGAGAGCACGAGGCCCUGAGGAAGAGGAUAUCGGGAACCCUGAGUCUGUAGGAGCUCCAGUCCCUGCAACCCAGAAACUCAGCCCCCUGCAGAAGCUAAGCAAUAUGGAUCCAGCCAUGCUGGAGCGUCUCCUAAGUUUGGAUCGCUUACUGGGCUCCCAAGGGAGCCAAGGGACCCCUCUGCUGAAUACUCCAAAGCGAGAACGAAUGGUGCUCAUUAAGACAGUGGAGGAGAAGAACUUGGAGAUUGAGAGGCUUAAGAUGAAGCAAAAAGAACUGGAGGCCAAGAUGCUAGCCCAGGAAGCUGUGGAUCCAAAGAAAGAGAACUGCUCUCCCACAGUGCUCCGACCUCUUUCCCGGCGUACAGUCACAGUGGCCGAGCCCCUGAAAAAGGCUGUGGUGAUGCCCCUUCAACUAAUUCAGGAGCAGACAGCAUCUCCAAACACCGAGAUCCACAUCCUGAAGAAGAGAGGCCUCAAGAGAAAGCUGGACUCCUCCGAUGUCUCAGAGCCUGUGGAAAAGGCCGAGGACUGCUGGGAGCUACACGUCAGCCCCGAGCUACUGGCCCAUGGGCGCCAAAAAAUAUUGAAUCUGCUGAACGAAGGUUCAGCCCGGGAUCUGCGUAGCCUGCAGCGCAUCGGCCAGAAGAAGGCCCAGCUCAUCGUGGGCUGGAGGGAGCUCCAUGGCCCCUUCAGCCAGGUGGAGGACCUCGAACGCGUGGAAGGCAUCUCUGCCAAGCAGCUGGAGUCUUUCCUGAAGGCCAACAUCCUGGGCCUGGCUGCAGGCCAGCGCUGUGGUCCCUCCUAACUACUGGCUCCUCACACUAUGUUACCCUUGUAUAAUGGCGUGUUUUGUAAAUACAGCUUUUACUCAGUG